AUGAACAAGUUGAAACUGGCUAAGAAAUACUUAGCUAACCAUGGACGGGUUCAUGCUGGCGUGAAACCCUAUUUUUGCGGUAUAUGUAAUAAAAGUUUUUCUACCAAAACUAGCAUAAAUGAUCACAAUCUUCUUCACACCGGUGAAAAACCUUUUUCUUGUAGUAUAUGCAAUAAGAGUUUUUCAAGGAGCAGUUAUUUGACUAAUCACAAUCGCACUCACACUGGAGAAAAACCCUAUGCUUGUAGUAUAUGUAAUAAAAGCUUCUCUACCAAACAAAGUUUAACAAGCCACUAUCUUCUUCACACUGGUGAAAAACCUUAUUCUUGUAGCAUUUGUAAUAAAAGUUAUCCAAAGAAGGGUCAGCUAACUGUUCAUAGUCGGACUCAUACUGGGUUUAAAUUAUCACCAUCUUCUUCAUACCAACAAAAAACGUUUCUUUUGUGA